UAACUUCGUUGUAAAUACGACAGGUAAAAGUAGUAAGUUGGUUAACUACUAACCUGCACAAAAUGUCGGAUUUUACAGGUGUAUUUUAUAUCUUCUUAUGGAUAUCUUACACUCAAGCGGAAUACUUUGUUUCACAAGACAAUUCAACUUGGGGUGGGAACAAAACAUGUCAGCUCACAAACAGGAUAGAGUUCGACUUUUCUGGUGACAAGGUUACAGUUAAUAUUUCUGACCUUGAAAUUAAGAGCAAGGAAAAGAUUUGGGUCGGAUAUUUCAGAACAUACACCACUUUCACGUAUACUGGCUGCGUGUCUAUCAACGAUGUAUCGGAACAAAGAGGUCAAAUUCAAAUCGAAGAUUCGAAUCCAGGAAAAUGUUUUUCUGCAUGUACAAACAAUCGUUAUAUAGGCAUAACCAAAGAUCAGUGUCAUUGCCUUGGUGACGGUUUUACAAACACUACAAAUGAUUUGCAAGUGUAUUGUGACUCCCACUGUAACAAACCCAUUGUUGCAUGUGGCGGAAACAAUAACGGUACCACGUAUUUGUCAGUUUAUCGGACAAGUUUUAAUGUUUCAGAUUCAAAUAAGAAAGACACCAAUUGUUUAUCAUUGGAUCCAGUCAGUAGAAAAUAUAUGUGGAUGGAAUGCUCUGGGGAAAGUUCAUCACUCUUAGGAAUGUGUGCCAAAGAUAAUCACGUUUUUGCCAAUAAACCAACAUCAUAUAAAAAUUGGUUAAACACAGUUAAUGAAUGUUUCAAAAAUAAAAGCAGGCCAACAGAUUAUUCUAACUCAAACGGUUUAGGUGUUCACAAUGGAUCGCAGUUCUGGACUGGAAUCAUUAAGAGCAAAGCAAUCUUUACUGAAGAGUUUGAUACACCGAAUGAAGGUAAAAUUGAGUUUGGGUAUUUGAAGCGCACAACAGGAGACAAUUAUGAGUUAAAAUUUGCUAAUGGUGAUAGUAACAAAAGAUAUAUUUGCAGUUCAGUCGAAACAACAGCUAUAACCGAUGGAACAACGUUGUACUCGCAAACAACAAUUCUCAUGUCAUCAUCUGUAGAAAUUUCAAACAAUAUAACAAGUCCUCCAACACCGACAACAACAUCAUCAUUGUCAACACCAAAGUUUUCUCAAACAGAUAUAACGACUGACAGUGAAUCGAUAGACAGCACAACAACAAAGGCGCAACAAUUCAUGGCAGAACAGAAAGACUCAAAUACAGGUGUCUCUGUUGGGAUCUCAGUGGCUGUUGUUUUCGUUAUUGCUGCAGUUAUUACAGUCAUUGUACUUUUGAAGCGACGAGGUCUGAUUCCAAAUAGGUGUUACAGAAAAACUGAUCCAAUUAAAUCUGUAAAACCCACCACUGAUAUAGCCGCAGUUAGCAACAAUAAUUACGAAGAAGUCGAAGAUUCUCCGUAUGACACGAGUAAUAGAACUGCAACACAGAUGGGCAUGGACAACUCUGUUGAUUCUCCCGAAGACAAUGGACACUAUGCACAUACCUACUUUGUACUAGAAGAUAAUGCAAAUCACUCUACAACAGAAAAUAGCAUCGCAUUUCCAAGCAAAAAUUUGAACGGAACGGACGAAAGCAAUGUGUACAACACAUUAAACUCAGAUAUUAUGCAUAAAAACAAUGUUGAUAACACGUACGACACAAGCGAGACAGCGCUCAGAAAAUUGCAAACUCAGCUUAGUAAAGAGUUUGAUGGACAAAAAGAAAGUGUGUUUAACGACAGGGAUGAAGAUACUUACAACCAUAUUAACGGAAAACCUCACAACAAGAACAACACUGAUAAUGUAUAUGGUGUCAAUGAAAAUGAUUAUGGAGAUAUUCAAAAACGUUCCGAAAAAAAGACUGACUCAGAAGAUACGUACAAUCGUAUAAACUUAACUCAGUUUCAGACCAACGAAAAAGUUUGAUUAAUUUGAAUUCUUACCACUAAUAAGUUACUUUUGACCGUGCUUGAUCGAAAAAUAUAUAAUAUAUGUUCUAGUUGUUGAAUAAUUCAAUACUCGGGUCCCCUCAAAUUGUCCCCGACGGAUACAAUAUGAUCACAACCAUUAUCUUUACAAAAUGUAUAGAAAGAACAACAGAGCAAUGUAGUUAUGAAAUAAUGUUUAAUGUGUUACAAGCGACCUGGUUAUAGCUGACUGUACAUGAAAUGAACCAACAUAUAUAUGUACAAAUAAACCCUCAUUUGCAAAUAGCAUACAUUAAUAUAUAUCGUUUCAUAAAUUACAUGUAAAUAACUUCUGUCAGACAAAGUGCAAGACUAGAAAAGAUGGAACACUUACAUCUAUCAUCUAAUUCCUUAACAAAACUUAUAAUACAAAUCUUAAUUUUCUUCUUCGGACAUGUUGACAGUCGGUUAAGCAAGCGCUGAAUGAAUUUGCAACGCUAUUCCGAAAAUCACGUACUGAUUUAGGCACGAAUAGCGCCCUCAUGUGAUCCGACGGGAACAAAAACCAGGGGAAAUAAUUUUCUUCUAAUGCACUUUGUUUAAACAAAAUAAAUUUUAUUCCCCUCAAAUCGUCUCCGACGGAUACAAUAUGAUCACAACCAUUAACUUUACAAAAUGUAUAGAACGAACAACAGAUCAAUUUAGUUAUGAAAUAAUGUUUAAUAUGUUGCAAGCGACUUGGUUAUAGCUGAACUCAAAGAACGGGAUAAAGCAUGAAAUGAAUAUAAAGAGUACGUGUUCCAAAUGAUCAAAUAUGUUUUAAUCAACGAACUGGUUGUAAAUAUCAAAAACCUAAACACUAAGAAACGAAUAAUCGUUCCUCCAAACUAUCUUUUACAUAGCCAUCCUUAGCUUUUUCACUUUACCAACGACCAUGUCGUUUGCACACAUUCUAUCCUUGACGCCUUUAUUAGCACCGCCUGACCUUAACGAAUGUAAACAAUAUUUGUUAAUAUAUUUUACAAAUGGAAUUAAAGCAUUGAAUUUCCUAAAUAAAUAUCGCAAAGUACUAUACGACAUUGAUCUGUUAACAUUCCUACACUUAUAACCAUUUUUAGUAGCGCUCAGAUUACAAAAAAUGAAACAUGAAGAGAAUCCAUAGAAAAUUCAAGAUACUUUUCAAUAUUACUGACUGGACUUAAUUUCGUGCCUGUUCUUGCUAUUAUAACCCAAGAUCCAUCUCUAUACUGGUCUGUUUUGCUCGACUCAAUAAACAUUUUCAUAUGUGUACUUAAAAAAUCUAGAUCACAUCUUAUUAUACUUAAGAAUUCAGAACUUCUUAAAACCCAGAAAAUGAAAGUAGAAAAGCACAACUAGUUCUCUGUGACUUAAGAUUUGUAUCAACAUAUAAGUUAUCAAAAAUAGAAGAAAGUAAUUCUACGGUAAAUACGCUUUGCUAAUUGUAAAACAUUUUACCAUACUAGAGUCAGUAGGUGAAUCUAAAAAUCUGGAAACAAAGUGAUCCCUCGGAAGCAUUAAUCACUUAAAGUGUUUUUGUUUUGCUAGAUUCAUAAGAAAUACAUAAAUACGAUAUUUAAUCAUAAAUACAUCAAAUAAAAGGUAUUACAAGGAAGAUUGUUGAAAACAUCCUGGACCUCAUUAUUCUUUUGCGUUUUAGUUUUGACAUGGUACAUGACUUUUUUAUUGUAUAGUUUUGGGACAAUGUAAAUUACGUUUCAAUUGUUUUUAAAGAAAAAAAUGGUAUUGCAAAACUUCCUUGUCCGGUUUUAGUUACAUACACCUACCGAUCAGGAAGAGCAUAAAUGUUCUAAUAUGGCACACAUGACAGACGUAGUUUUGAUUAUUGUUUUAUUUAUUUCAAUCUCUGAAGGUAAAUUAUUAGUUAAUGUACUUAGAUAUCUAGUUCGUGGUUCAUAAAGAUAAGAAGUAAGGGUUCUUUCAAUUUCUUUUAAGUAAUUCAUUGCAGCGGCUGUAAACAUUGAAUUAUUGACAUUUUUACAAUAUAUUGUUUGUUUUUUUUUUUUUUUUUUGUUUUU